UGUGAGCAAAGUUCUAUAAGUUAGAAUAUGAAGUAUUUGUAGUCCUUUGGGUUGCUGUCCUAUGUUGAAACCGUUAAAUAAACAUAGUAUGCUACAGUAUCUGGCACUCACCUGAAUGGUUAUCCAAGAUGUUUUUUCUUAAUUCCAGAAUAUCCCUGAGCUGUGUGCUAGUCGUUGCACUGUCUUUGUUAUUUUCCUGUGUUUUUACUCAAGACCAUCUAAAUCCAGUGGUAGAAGAGCAACAUAAUCAUGGUGUUCGCCUUGAUAAGAACAUGGUGCAAGACAAAGAUCACAUUAUGGAACACUUGGAAGGUGUUAUUGAAAAACCUGAAUCUGAAAUGUCACCCCAAGAACUCCAGCUUCAUUACUUCAAGAUGCACGAUUAUGAUGGCAACAAUUUACUUGAUGGACUGGAAUUAGCAACAGCAAUCACACAUGUCCACAGGGAGGAUGGAAGCGAACAAGUACCACCAAUGAAAGAAGAUGAACUUAUCAACUUGAUUGACGAUGUCCUUAAGGAUGAUGAUAAGAAUAAUGAUGGAUACAUAGAUUAUGCAGAGUUUGCCAAGUCACUGGAGUAAAUGGGCAUAAAUUUAUCCAGUAGUGACCUGACAUAUCGUCAUUGUGUAUUUUGUUUUUCCAUGUUAUGCUCUGUGUAAGUGGCAUAUGAAGAACAAUUUGAAAUGCCUAUAUCCGCUUCUGGGGUUGAUGCAUCUCUGCACCUGAAUUGAAAAAAAUGUACAGAAGAGAAAGACUACCUCCUCAGUAGAAGCAUUUGUUUGUUGCCUAAACAACGUUGUGGAUAACCAAUAUUUUAAUUGUUCGAACAUGUGGUUGUCUCAUCUGUUUUUCUAAGAAAACUUGAAAUUUUAGAAAUGUGAAUGUUUUUGAAACAGAGUUGUGUAUUUGUGGUUUCCUUGAUUUUUACAGAUAUUCUUGUAGCAGUGGCUGUGCUUGAGAAACCCGGAGUAUAGGCACAGUUGCACUUGUGAGAUCUGACGACUGAGCCACGUGCUGUAACAAUAUGAAGUAAAAUGCACCACUAAGGAGCUUUUCCUGGUGGUAUCCUGUUCAUAGUUGGGUGAUUGGAAAUGCAUGAUCAUGGGUACACACUGUGCAUUUGGGUAGCUGGACAUUUAAAUUUAUUAUGUGUUUUUCUUUAAUGUAAACAAAUUUUUUCACAAGAAAAAAAAAUGAUAAAAUUGCCGGAGUCCAAAUGCUUCCCCUCCCCUUCUACUUUUGUCCCUUUUUUCUUUUAACAGGUAAAUGGAUUGUUGCCCCAAACACUGACUCGUUUUACUGUCAUGUUUAGAAAUUGAUGUAAAUUUUGUACCCUUGUGUAAAUUAUUAAUUUUGAAUUGGUCACAUUUUCUACAGAGAUAUGAGAAUAUUUCUGAGUAGAUAAAUGAAGCAGAAGAUAGUUUUUCUUGGACAGAAAUUACAAAACUUCAAAAGAACCGCCUUUGCCUCUAUUUCUCCUGUAUCUGCGGAGUUUAUUCCUUCCCUUUUAUCUGUUUAUAUACAAAGAUAAUUUGCACAUUAAACUGCUAAAUCCCUUUUGA